AUGAAAUUCUUGUCGACCAUAUGGUUUCUGUCGAGGGAGCAACCAAGAGGCUCAAAGGAUGAUGGCCCGAAGCGUAAACUGAGUCCCUCUGUGCUGCAUGAUCCUGCCCGGCCUGCGAUCACUGGCGACAGCACGAUCUCUGCCUCUCAGUGGUCCCCUGUUUCCGUGACUUUUGAGCAGACUCGGAGGCCGCACGUUUUGGUUAAGCGAAGUAAAUCGCUCAAGUCGAUCACACGACGCCCGCAAUCCCAUUCUAUCAAACAAGUGAACGGAGUCGCUGAGCAUUCCUCUGGAACAUCACCGUCAAACGACCGAAAGAAAACAUUGCUCAAUGUCGCCAUUGUUCCCCUUGCGCGGCACAAAUCGACAACCAGUGUCCAUAAGAUGGACGCCUCUCCGACAUGUUCUGAUGCGAGUAGCCUGUCUAGCCACACAAGUGAGAGACAUUCUUUCCCCCUAGUACGACGCAGUGCUAGUCAGGCGAGCACUCGCCACCCCCGUGAAUACUUUGACCACAAUACACCGCUACCACCGCUCCCCAACUCGACGAUCGUUCCCCCAGUACAUACUACCUAUCCGGGAGCCUUGGCGAAACCUGGGAAGAAGAAGAAACCCCGUCGUUCUAGGACAGCCGAUUCUACCAGUGUUCCUGGUUGUCAGCAUCCCCUUCCAACACGCCCAAUAAUAGCGGAUGCGGAAGGUUAUUGGGAUCAUUUAGAACUGUUGGACUUCCCAAAAGGUCGAGGACCUCCAAUUUUGUUGCCACGACGGCCCCACCGUUCACCGAUUCCUUUUUAA